UUCAUAACUCAUCAUUCAUUCAUUCAUUCAUCCUUCAUCUUCCAUCCAUCCAUCCAUCCUCAAUCUUCCAUUCCAGAUCUCUCACCUUCUUUUUCCUCCUCUUUGCAUCCCUUUUGUUCCAUGCUUAUCCUUUUGAGGGUAUCAACUUGAUCUUCUUUUUUUUUUUUUUUUCCCUUGUAAAGCAUUUCAAUCUCAAGCCAUAAGUGAUCCACGUUUGGGGGUUCGACAAAUUUUGCUUUGCUAUUGAGGGCUUAACAUAAUGGUUCUCCUUUAUUUGGGCUUGGGACCAGCUAUGAGAUCAUAGGUGGACAAGAUAUAGAAUGAUUGUAUAUGAGGAGAUAUUGAAAUGAGAAUUAUUGAGGAAAAGAAGAUAGAAGAUUAAGGUGAUUCGGUCACCUGCAAAGAAUUCCACUGGAGGCAUAGGUGAGGAGAGUUGAUUGCAUGGUUUUUAGCCCUACAAGAAGGGGUAAAGAGAGAUCAAAAAGGACAUUGGACAAAAUUAUUAAAAACGAUUUCAUGGUGAAUAACAUACUUGAUAAUUUGGUUUUCAGCUAAAUCCAGUGACAUUGUGUGAUCCAUGUAGCUGGUCUCACCUAGUGGGAUAACGCAAUUGCUGUUAAUAACCAAUAUAUCAUUUUGUUUAACUGCAAUUUAUGAAUUGUUUUGAAAAAGUCAGCACAUACCACUUUCAAAUCCAGCUUAUAAGUCUAUUUCAGAAGGCCAUCAACUCCCCUACCCUUACAAGCUGAAUAGUUCAAAAUAAUUAUUGGUGGCUUCAAUAAUAUUCUUUUAAGGCUACAUACUUGAGCAAGGUAAUCACAUUUCUUGGAACAAUGUUGGGAGGCAACAAUGGAAAUCGUGCACUUCCUGUUUUCUUGGAUGAUACUCAAUUUCGGCAUCAAACAAAUGUGUCAAAUCAAUUGCAGUUGUUUGGAAAUUUACAAGCUGGAUGUAAUGUUGACCCAGUUAAUAACUUUGGAAAUGAGCACAUCAACUCCAUGGUUCAGCCUAAUAAACGAAGCAGGGAAGUGGAAGAUAUAUCAAAACAGAGGCUUCAGAUUUCCUUAAAUUACAAUUUCCUUCAAGAUGAUGCUGAUCGAUUAGCAAGUAUUCCAAAUCCUAACCCUGUAUCAACUGGAUUGAGACUUUCAUACGAAGAUGAUGAGCAUAACUCAUCUGUUACUUCUGCAAGUGGCAGCAUGACUGCCACACCAUCUAUCGUAUUGUCUCUUGGUGACAACAUCAGAACUGAGCUUGAUAGGCAGCAAGAGGAGUUGGACCAGUAUAUGAAACUUCAGAAGGAACAAUUGUCAAAGGGAGUGAGAGACAUGAAGCAAAAGCACAUGGCUGCUCUGCUUACCUCCAUUGAGAAAGGUAUUAGCGCCAAACUAAAGGAAAAAGAAGUGGAGAUAGAAAACAUGAAUCGAAAAAACAGGGAGCUGGCAGAAAGAAUAAAGCAGGUGGCUAUUGAAGCACAAAGCUGGCAUUACAGAGCAAAGUACAAUGAGUCAGUUGUGAAUGUAUUAAGGAACAACCUACAGCAGGCAAUUUCACAAGGAGCUGAACAAGGGAAGGAAGGGUUUGGAGAUAGUGAAGUUGAUGAUGAUGCCUCAUAUAUAGAUCCUAAUAACUUCCUGAACAUUCCAGGUGCCCCUAUAAACCCUACAUACAAGAGCCACCAAGAUAUGGAAAAUCUGACUUGCAGAGCAUGCAAGACAAAGGAGGUUUCCAUUUUGUUGAUACCUUGUAGGCACCUGUGCCUGUGUAAGGAUUGUGAGGGAUUUAUCCGUGUUUGUCCUGUGUGCCAAUCGAUAAAAACUGCAGGUGUCGAGGUGUAUCUGUCUUAACUUUUUGCAAGUAUUUAAAACAAGAACGGGAUAUAAGUCUCUGUUUUCUUUGUGUUUUUAUCUGCCUAAGUUCUUAAUGUUCAACUCAGUAAUUUGUUACUAUAAUAAAAAGCGACUACUUUCAAGCAUAUUCAAUCCAAA